UUUCUGUGAGGUGAUUUUUGUGAUUUCGUUCGUGUGCGUUCGUUCUUGGUCGUUGUUAAAAAAAUCUUCCCAACUACACACUCCACUCCACACAAUUUUUUCCGACUUCUUCCAAACACCAAAAAAAGUAAAAAAAAAUCCAGUUAAAUUAAUAUGCAAUCGCUUUUCUUGCGUUCAGUUACUUCAGUAAUCGCAAGCAAUUCUGUUCGGCUUCAAUUAACACGCUCCAUAUCAAAAACUCUUGCUGCCAUGGCCCCAAUCAAGGUUGGCGAUAAACUUCCUUCAGCUGAUCUCUUUGAAGACUCACCGGCAAACAAAAUCAACAUUGCCGAUUUGAGUGCAAACAAAAAAAUUAUAAUUUUUGGUGUGCCUGGAGCAUUUACGCCAGGUUGUUCAAAGACUCAUUUGCCUGGUUACAUUGAAAAUGCUGAUUCGAUUAAAUCCGGCCAGGGUGUGAGUGAAAUUGUUUGCGUGUCAGUGAAUGACCCAUUUGUCAUGUCUGCUUGGGGUAAGGAACAUUCCGCUGGUGGAAAAGUUCGUAUGUUGGCCGAUCCAGCUGCAAAUUUCGCAAAGGCAUUGGACUUGACCAUCGACUUGCCACCUCUAGGCGGAGUUCGAGCCAAACGUUUCUCAAUGGUUGUUGAGAAUGGACAAGUUAAGGAGUUGAAUGUUGAGCCAGAUGGUACUGGUUUAAGUUGUUCUUUGGCCAACAAUAUUGGAAAGAAGUAAAUUUAGAAAUAAAUAUUACAUUGUAAAGCUAACUAUCCCUCAUUCCACAUCGCCUCAGAGUGGAAUUAAAAAGACAUUUAAAAUUUGAUUAUAUUCCUACUUUAGUAUUCUAGGGACCUGUUUUACAAUAUGUAAUUUUGUAUUCAUUCAUUUAGUUGGAAAUUUAUAAAAUUACAUAUUGUUUUGAAUAGAAACGAAAUUACGUGCUUUAUCCUUUAAUUGAAUAUAAUAUUCCUUUGCACGCAUUGCAGGUUUAUUUUUUUUAAAUUUUGUUUUAAAUAAAUAAAUAAUGCAUAUCGAUUUUA